AUGGCGGCGGCCGCGCAGCUCACGGAUGAGGAGCUGUUCUCGGAGCUUAGGCGCUUCGGCCUCUCCCCGGGGCCGGUCACCGAGAGCACCCGGCCCGUCUACCUGAAGAAGCUGAAGAAACUGCGGGAGGAUGAGCGGGCCGGAGCCCGCGGCAGCGCCAACAAGACCCGGAACAGCAACAACAAUAACACGGGGGCCGGGGCAGCGCCGGGCGAAGGCGGCGGCGGCAGAGCGGCCCCGGGCAUGGGGGCCCGGCUGGCCAGCCCCGACCAGCCCUACUUGCCGGGCGGCGCAGGCGGGGGCAGCCGGAGCCGCGCAGCACCCCCUGCCGGGGGCGGCAAAGUGCUGCUGGGUUUCAGCUCGGACGAGUCGGAUGUGGAGGCCAGUCCCAGGAGCCAGGCCGGCGCCGGGGGCGGCAGCAGCAGCAGCCGGAGGGAGCGGGCGUCGCCCCCAGUCCGCGGCUUGAGGCCCGCAGCCUCCCAUGGAGCCUGCAGCGAGAGGAACAGUUUCCCCCCUGAGGCGGCCAGGAGGAAGCCCAGUGCCUGGUGGGGGGCGGUGGCCAGGAGACCGACGGCCACGGCGGGGGCUCAGACUCAGGACAUGCGGGAGCCUGGGGAAGGGGGGGAGGACGAGGAGGAGGAGGAGGAGCGGCAGUGGAAGAACCGGACUGUGAAUGGUAAUAGGCACCCCUCCCUUGGCGGCAGGGCCGAGUAUUCCGACUCGGAGGAGGAGGGGGAGAGAGCCAAGCAGCAGGUAUUGAAGGAGGAGACUGCAGCCCGCCAGCACCGGGGCAGACGGAGCCUGAGCAAAUCUGCUGCCCCAUUCACGGCCAGCAAAUGUGCUGCAGCCGGCGCUGGCAUGAUGGAGACGGGCCAGCAAAGGGCUGGAGGAGGCGGCGGUGCUGGUGUAAUCGCAAUGAAUGACAGGGCGGAGGCGGCUGCUGCUGGAAGUCUAGACAGGGGCAGAAAUGAGGAGGAGGCAGCGGUGACGAGGGGGGGAGACUGUGAAAACUUGGACACCAGCCCUUCCACCCCCAGAUACCGCAGCACCUCCUCCAAGAAUUCCCCUCCACUCUUGGUACUGCCGCAGCCCACAGACAUGGACAGCAGCAAAAUCAGUGACCCUCUGGGCACUGUUAGGAAAGCAGCCAAUAAUCAUGUUCUCAGCGGCGCUGCUGGUGGCUUUAAUAUUGAACCUAGGAUUUAUUCAGCUACCAACAGCCUCCCCCUGGGUGCUGCCACCCCCUCUUCCCUUAGAAUCAAUCACUCCAACCACACGGGCUCUAAUCACACCUACCUGAAAAACACCUAUAAGCAAAAGCUUUCUGAGCCUGAGGAGGAGCUUCUCCAACAGUUCAAGAGAGAGGAGAUAUCCACCACCGGAGGCUUCAGUGCACAUUACUUGUCCAUGUUUCUCUUAACUGCUGCAUGCUUGUUUUUUCUGAUACUGGGACUCAUGUACGUGAGAAUGAGAGGAUCGGGAGUAGCUGAGCAUGGGGAAGUCAACAUUAAAAAUCCCUUCAGUGAGCAGCUUGAAGAAAUAAAAGCAAAUGAAAAAAGUCUCAUGAUGAACAGCUUAUAUAAACUUCAUGAUAGAUUGGCACAAGUAGCAGGAGAUCAUGACUGUGGCAACUCUAUACAGCGAAAUCUUUCCGUCCAGGAGACAGCUGCAUAUUUAAAAAGUUUAGGUCCAGAAUAUGAAAAAGUACUUAACACAGCGCUACAAUGGAUUAUGAGUAGGGGAGAAGAUGUUGGCAUAAAGUGUAUUGGUAAUGACCCCAGUGAGGAAUUAAAUAAUGUAACUGAUGUGAAAUACCUGGAAUCUACUAGACCACAGAUGUCUUUCAGAUGUCGUUUUCGCCGUGCAUUUAUUACUGUAACUCACAGAUUAUCAAUAUUGCUUUUGGGUAUAGGGAUGGUUUGGGGAGUUUUGCACUACAUGAAAUAUCGCUGGACAAAAGAGGAAGAGGAGACCAGGCAGAUGUAUGAUAUGGUUGUAAAGAUUAUAGAUGCUCUAAGAAGCCACAAUGAGGCAUGUCAGGAGAACAAGGACUUGCAGCCAUAUAUGCCUAUUCCUCAUGUGUGUGAUUCCUUAAUACCACCUCAGGACAGGUGCCUGGUGCACAUGCUUAUCCACGUGUGGAAUACAGAUAGGGACCACACAUCUCAAAGAACCUCCAGUUACGGGAAAAAAAUGAAGAAGGUCUGGAAUAGAGCAGUUGACUUUCUUGCUGCAAAUGAAUCUAGAGUUCGCACAGAGACACGACGAAUAGGUGGCACUGACUUCUUGGUUUGGAGAUGGAUACAGCCAUCUGCAGCAUGUGACAAAAUUUUAGUUAUACCAUCUAAAGUAUGGCAAGGCCAAGCAUUUCAUCUAGAUAGAAGAAAUUCGCCACCAAACAGUUUGACACCAUGUCUAAAGAUUCGCAAUAUGUUUGAUCCCGUCAUGGAAAUUGGUGACCACUGGCAUUUGGCAAUUCAAGAAGCAAUCUUGGAAAAAUGCAGCGAUAAUGAUGGAAUUGUUCAUAUUGCUGUGGACAAAAAUUCACGUGAGGGUUGUGUAUAUGUCAAGUGUCUGUCUCCGGAAUAUGCUGGAAAGGCUUUUAAAGCAUUACAUGGCUCUUGGUUUGAUGGAAAGCUGGUAACGGUAAAAUACCUGCGGCUAGAUCGAUAUCAUCAUCGCUUUCCCCAGGCUCUUACUUGCAACACACCCUUGAAGCCAUCAAACAAACACAUGAACUCAAUGUCACAUCUUCGUCUACGAACAGGCACAACUAACUCUCAGGGAAGCUCCUGAGAAGACUUUCUACAACUUGUAGGACUGUUACUUGCAGCAGGAAAAUUCCUGUUUGGCUGCCGUCUUCCUUUUUUAGUGCUUUUUGUAUGUAAUAUUUUCAUUGAUUAAAUAAAAGUCUGAACGUUCCAGAAAUCUUGUUUCCAAAGGGACUUAGCAAUGAGGCAGUAAUACUAAGUGGACAAAAACAGUUGCUUCAGGAAGUUUUUGGAGCUUGAGUAAACAAUGCAUUUAAUUUUUGCAUGAAGAACACUGAAUUUAUUAAACAUUUUCAGAUGUGGCGGCUGUAUUUUUUUGCACCAAGAAGUGUUUUGAUAAUAAUCCAAAAGCAUGGAGAAAAAAAGGCUUCCUGUAUUUCCAUAGUUUCCUUUGAAAUAAUCUUGUGGAUAUUUUGUAACAAACACCUACAGUUCCUGAUGGCGAAUAAGUAAAAAAUGUUAAUUUUUCAGUCUAAUCUUAGGUUUCUGUUGAUGUAAAGGAUUCAUUUGCUGCAGCUGGGGUAUGGGAAAAUUAAUUUGGCUGUAGUGGUUGCAUAUAAAUGUGAGGGAAACAGAAACUGAAUGCAGAUAUACUGGUUUUUGUACAUAAGUGUAAAUGCUGGUGGUGGCAAAAGUAGUCGUGUUCUGUGAGGAUGUCUGCAUUAAAGCAGUGAAUAAGCUUCCUAUUUUAUUCAUAACCUAAUGUUUUUUAUAGUGUUGGCUGUACCAUCACAUAAACGUCAAACGGCCGAACACCUUAAAGUAUUAGAUACAAGUUAAAUAUCUUUUAUAGUUUUUAUAUUGAAAUAUCUGACUAUGAUUUUGUGUGAAAGGUCUGAUACCAAUUGUGGUGGAUUCAAAUUUAUGUGAGCAAUAAAGAAGCAAUUGGCAGAUACUGAAAACAUAUUUUGUGAAAAGCUGUAUUUAUUACAAAUACCAGGACUGUGACAAAGUACUAUUGGGAUUAAGUAACUUUCCUAAUAUAUUUAUAACUUUAAAUAAGUUUUAAUUAACCAAUUACCUGUAAAAUUAACAAGGAUGCAUAUUUUUUGCAACAAAAUUUUGGUUCAUGAGAGCUAGAAAUAUAAAUGUACAAGUGAGUUACUUUAUUUCAAUGUUAAAUUUAUGUAUUAACAUUUAUUCACUCUUAGUAACUACAGAAUUGUUGCUGAGAAGUUUCAUUGCAAAUCUAAGACUAUUGGCUGCACUGAUCCCUUGUUUAUACAAUAUAAUUUUGUCUAAAAUUAUCCAGCUAAAUAUUGCAUAGGUGGUGAGACUGAAAGUGUACCAGUUAAAAUAAAUUUAGUAAAACUCACUUUCUUUUGUAGAUAUGAUGGAUUUGCAGCAUGAACUUGCACAAAUAAUGCAUGUUUUUCUUAUGGUUCAUUAAACAUGAUGCACACUAUUCUGCAACAGAAAAUCUUACUGUGCCUUACCUUGUGCUUUUGUGGGCACCAUGUUUAUUAUUGGAGGGUUUGUUAUCUGAAAAUUUUUUAAUUCUCAGUUUUACGUCUCAGAUGCUAAUGAAUGAGUAUAUAUAAUAUAUAUAUAAUCUGCCAUGCAAAUUUCUACUCAUGAGGGACAAGUACAUAUUUUUGAUGAGUGAGUAGAUUUUAUGUCAGGUCUGGUAGAUUUUCAUGAGUUUUACUAUAUAUACAUAUAUGUAUAUGUAUAAUAUACAUGUAUAUGUAUUAUAUAUGUAUAUAAACCGAUUUUGCUGUAUUUGAUGUGCAUCAUAGUGAUUUGUUGACCUGAUUUUAGUGACCCCAUCUUGUGACCUGUUGCAAGAGUGAAUGUAAAAAUAUAGUUGUGGCAUUUUAAAAGGUCACCUUUUGAUGCAGAUGCAUCAUUUUCUUGCUUCUAAAGUAUAUUUCUUGUAAACACUGUACAUUUUAUUAUUGUAAUAUGGACUAUUAUGCAGCUUAUUUUACCUAAAACUGUUAAGUUGACCAAUAUCCCUCCCUGCAAGACAGAGGGGAAUGUGUAUAAUAUCUGGACAUUUGAGAAAAAUCAGAUAUUUGAUGUAAUUUGUCACCUGUCCUGUAAAAACAAACAAACAAAAACAAAACUCUAAUUAAAGGUUUAUUAGGGGUUUUUA